AUGGCAGCCUCCCAUUUAAAGCAAAGGCCCAGUAUGCAACAGAGUGCUUUGUCCACUCCUGUUUCCAAUGGGGAAGGGGUAUAUAAUGCCAAGGGUUCCAGAAAAGGAUGCCCAACGUCCUGCAUCAGCAAAAUUGAACAGAUCAAAUGCGGUGGCAAACCUAUCGUCUCUGGUAUCGACCGAGUUGUCUUUGGUACUCAACCAGCUGCAGAACUUGUAUCCAUAUUUGGAAUGCGUCCCCCACGAUACUUAUUCUACAUGAUGUCAGGCAUAGUUUGUGAUAUUAUCCAAUUCCUGAUGGACGUCUGCUUGCACGUUGUUUUGGAGAUCAAAGACGCUAGCGUCUGUUGGAGCUUGGGAUUCUUCUUGUCGAUCGUCUUUCGUCAUACGUCACAUCGGUAUCUUGUUUUUGGAGAUUAUGUUGGAGGUUAUUGGAAGUCAUUGGGACGAAUGUAUGUUGGUUAUUCAAUUAUCAUCUCUCUAUCAACUUUGUUCAAUGUUAUCAUGACAAAAUGGGCCGGGCUACCACACUACGUUGCAUGGAUCGUAACACUGCUGUGGACGGGCAUUGUCAAUUACUUUAUUCUGAAGAAAAUUUGGUCAUUUGGCGGCAAACAAGCAAAUACAGAAGCAACAAGUGCAGGGACAUCAAACGGAGAUAUGACUGAAGCCGAAAUCGAAGUGGACGAGGAAGCCGAACUCGUUCUGGAUGAAUAG